AUACAUAACAUAUAUACUCAGUCAUCUCACUCUGAUCCAUGCCUCCUCUCGCUACCAAACCGUUUCGAUCAACGCACGCACAUAUCCAGUCAGGUUUCUAUCAUGAUUAGCGGUGGCAGCAGGAGAGGAGGCUACAGCUGCAAGGAGAGCUGCCAUCAGCACUGCCUACCUCCCCACUCUGCGAAAUGCCUCUGCCUCUACCUUGUACUGUCGCUGACCUUCUUGGUCCUUGUCGCAGCCGUGCUGCUCGUGGUCUUGGUCACUAGGCUGAAGAAGCCGACCUUCAUCCUGCAGUCCAUACAGAUGGACAAGUCGUUCAGCCUCCGGCCAUCGCCGUCGAACCGCAGCAACGGCGACAACAACGCGACAUCGUCCUUGUCAUCGUCGUCAUGCUCGGUUGCGUCGCUGCUGUUCGCGGCGCAGAAUCCCAACGGGAUCGGGAUAAGGUACAGUGCGGCGGACCUCGGCGUGGCCUAUGCGAACGAGCCGGUGGGCGCCAUGGACGUGCCGAUGUUCUACCAGCCGCCGCGGAGCAGCAACGUGACGGUGCUCAUGCACGCCCUGUUCGAGAAGUCCAACGUCAGCCGGCUCGUCAUCAGCGAGCUGUCCUCGCAGAGGAAGCUUGUCGAGAUCAGGAUCGCCGGGAGAAUCGACGCCACGACGCACAUCAUGAACUUUCCUCUGCCGAAAGUGCAGUUUACGCUCGAUUGCACGAUAGCAACGAACUACACCGAUAUAGUGCAGCGGGAGGGGUUCGAGUCUUUAACUACAAGCAAGGCUCUCCAACUAUCUGCACUGCCUCACGUCUCACAGAAGUGCUCAAUAAAGCUUGACUUGAGGUCGAGAGAGAAGAAGACAAGGCUUUCAGAUUUAGGAUGCUGAUUACCUAGAAUUUAGCAGAUUCAUGUACAUAGCUAAAAAAUUUUUGUUGAUUGUUGGUCGGGAUAGCUUACCAGGCUUGCGCUUGGUAUGUACUCUCACGCUAUUUUACACUUAGAAAAUAUAUUCUUUGCGCAAUAUGCUUGAAAUAGGCAACUGGCUGGAAAUGAAGUGCAAUGUAAAUGUACUGAACGGUGGUGUGGAUGUUGGAUGAACUUCUAAGCAACUGGCUUGAAAUAUGAU